AUGUCUGGCUUGGAUGCAAUCAUUAAUCGCAAGCCUCCUAGUCUAUGGGAGCUCCAACAACUGCUACGUCCUUUGUCUUCUCCCGUCCGCACCAUAUGCAUAUCAGACACUCACAACGCCGACAUAUCUGCCCUGAUACCACCCGGUGAUAUCCUCAUUCACGCAGGUGAUCUCACGCAUUCUGGCACUCCAAGUGAGCUCCAGGUCACCUUUGACUGGCUAGUCUCCCUUCCACACGAACACAAAAUCGUUAUAGCCGGUAAUCACGACACAUACCUUCAGACAGUCGAGGGUCGUUCAUGGGUCCACACAUGGCGAGAGCGUGGCAUCAUCUAUCUGGAGGAUGAGGCUCACACUAUCCAAGUGCGUGGUCGCACAUUCAAAAUCUUUGGCAGCCCAUUCACUCCGCAGCACGGCAAUGGCGCUUUCCAAUACCCACGUACGGGUGUCACUGGCACAUCCAGCCACAUUCUCAUCACUCAUGGUCCUCCUCACGGUCAUCUCGAUCUCUCUGGACUUGGUUGCAGAGCCCUGCUUGCACGUAUAUGGGAGCUCUGUAGGACACACCCGCCAGUGCUUCAUGUGUUCGGACACAUUCAUGGCGGUCGUGGAAUCGAGAAUAUGCCCUGGAACUCUGCUCAGGGUUGGUUCCGCACUAUGCAUUUGCUAUGGGCGAUGCUUUGGGGUGGCCGGGAUAAUAGUAUAAGGACGGUUGCUGUUAAUGCAUCUGUGGUAGGAGGUCCGCGGGACCGUGAUAUACGGCCUCCUGUCGUCAUUGAUAUAUAAGAAAUCGAAAUCCACACCCACUGACUAGUAACGUGUUCAUGCCGCUAGCUCCUCUACCCACUUACAAGUUUAGGUCAACACGUCGUACACAUAUCCUUGUACUAUCAUACACUUGUACUACAGGAAAGUGUGUGCUUGUCGCUAAACUGACUCAUCCCUCUAUAUACCCCCACACAAAGCCUUUAACUCCUUGAUCUGCGCUUCCUGGAUUUCUGCCCCAUACGCGAUCGCUUUCGCCUCAAUGUCUGCGACCUUGAUUUUCGCCCCCUCCUCUUGGAUUCUUGGAUGAGGUAUUGCGCUGCAUCGGACAUAUCAUAGGACUUUGCGUUCCCUCGCUUUCCGGCCUUCUCCAAUUUGGCUACCAGACAGUACAUCCAGGGCGCAGCGAGCACCUUAAGCCCAGGCUCAUCAAAGAUGACUACACCAUCGCUAAUUGCUUCAUUGUAGAGGUU